AUGGCUUCUGAAUUUAUUGGCUAUAAUGUACUGGUGACAUUGAGGGAGCCACAGGGUGGAAGGCUGGUGGGCCAGGUCGCCAAUGUGUUUGGGCAGCGCUUGCUGCUCCAGGAUGUCACAUUUCUCUGGAACGGCCAACGACUGCCUCAAUAUUCUAUUGAUGCCUCUGCUAUCAUCGACCUCUCUCUUGAAACCAAUACCCAGGCUCCUCCGCAGCGUCAGCAACUACCUCAGCAUCAGCCUAACCCCCAUCUUCAAACAUAUCCAGCAAUGAAUUUACCCCCAGUUCCUACUCAAUCUACUCCAACACAGCAACAAUUUACGGACCCGGCUAUUCUGAGUUUUUCAAAAGCCCCUCUCAUAUCUAAACCGUUUGUUGAGAAUACUCCGACAGUUGUCCCCGCCAACCAGAUCCCUGCAACAGUCUCAGCCUCUUUGAGUGAGCCAUUCAGCAGCCUGGAGUUGAAUGCAGAUAGUGACAAGAUCGGAAUCCAAGGGACAUCCCACAAAACAUUACUUCAAAGCCCGCAGGAACUGUCACCUUCAAAGCAGACACCAAAGCGAAAUCGACGGGGCAACCAAGAAAAUGUACGGGAAGAGAGGGGAUAUGUCACUAAACACGGCGCCGCAGCAAGCACCAACCCAAAGAGCAAAGGAUGGCGUCAAACUGCGUUUGUGGAGCCAGCUGCCCCUGCAUUCCAGGAUUCACCUGAAGCUAUGAGCCGGUCUGGAACUAAACUUCGCAAAAGGAAGCCGCGCCGUUAUGCCGAGGAUCCAAGUGGCUGGGCAACUGAAGAUGCUACUGACAUCCAGGAGCUGGGCGAAUUCGACUUUGCAAGCAACCUGUCCAAAUUUGAUAAGCGAACUGUAUUUGAGCAAAUUCGAAACGACGACACUACCGCAGACGAGGAGCGUCUGGUGAGCUUCAACCGAAAAGUCAAGCCGGGCACCAACGGCGGAAAGAACCUACACUGGACGGAGAAUGUACUCGAUAGCCCACUGAACAGCGACACCGGGGAUGAUAUUGAAGGAAUUAGUGAAAUCAAACUGGGCAGCGAGACUCUCUCCGGACGCGAGCGGCCAAGAGCGCCUACGCAUGCUCAGCCUCCCCGCAAAGACAGCGCGAUACAGGCCCCACCAAUGGUGCCACAGCUCAGUGCACUUGGCCGCAGUCAGCUUCAUGUCAACAUUUCUCGUACAACCAGCCCUCGACCAAGCCGAUCGUCAGUGUCGCCUAUGAUCGCUCCCAAUGUUUCUGGUGCUGGAUCUCUCCGGCUCACAACCACCAACCGCAGCUGUCCCACGGUGAGCCCCUUGCAGACUCUAGAGAUCGAGCAAAUCUCAGUCGCCGAGUUUGGCUUGGCCGAUGAGAUCAUUACAGAGAAUGCAGGUCGAGGAAUCGCAGAGGCCGCUGUGGCUCUUCUGUCCAAUGAUGCUGCUGCACCCACUAUGCUUAUUCUUACUGGCAACCAUCGUACUGGGGCAAGGGCUAUUGCUGCUGCUCGCCAUCUGCGUAACCGUGGUCACCGGGUUACAGUCUGUUUGCUUGGGCUCGAACACGAAGCUGAAUUGCUGGAGAACUGCCGCAAGCAGCUUGAUAUCUUCCGCAAGGUUGGGGGACGUGUGCUUAAAUGGGAAGAACUAUCCGCUCGUUUGGCCACCUCGGACCUGGGCCCUGACUUGAUUAUUGACGCCUUGUUUGGCAUGCACCUGUCCUUCGACGACCUUCGAACCGACGAUCAAGGUGUGGCCUUUGAGAUGAUUUCGUGGAUGAACCGCAGCAACGUCGAUGUGUUGUCUGUAGAUGUCCCCUCCGGACUCAAUGCUUCUACUGGCGAAGUUACUCUGGUCGAAGGUGGCCGGCUUUGCGUCAAUGCCACAUCUGUGGUGUGCCUCGGAGCGCCCAAGACUGGUGUGCUGAAUGCUCUUCUGUCUGGCGAAAGACUGUCCUGGAAUUUGGCAGUUGCCGACAUCGGAAUCCCUCAGAUCGUCUGGAGAAAGUACGGUACCCGUCGUCGCCAUGGAAUCGAUUUUGGGAAUAAAUGGGUUGUGCCAUUGAAGUACCAACCCUUGAUUUCCUAA